UUGUCAGACCAGUAGUGAUUCAGUUGCAUUGAAUUAUUGUCAUUAAUUAUAAAAAAGAGUUUAAUUCAGCUGGAAAGGAGUUCUUGAGAAAACAAUAAAGUCGUCAUCCAUCUCAGUUCAGUAUUAUGUGUCCCCAGCUAAGCAAGCCAGAGGCAACAGUGGCAAGGAACCCAAACUCCAUCAGUAACAGAAAUGGAUUUUAAAAACCUCAGGCUUAGUUGGCAGACCAGUUCUUUUCUGUCCAGGUGAACCAACCUGGUGUGGUUUAAUUAUAGGCUGCAAUCACAAAUCAGAUUGUGGAAUAAUAUCAUUUAGAAUAUUCAUCAAAUUUCUACUGCUUACAUAAUGGGAUGCUUCACAUGGUGAAGGAGGCGAAGCUGACUACAGGGACUGUGUAGAUGAUUUGUGAGGUUCUUGUGGUAGACGAUAGCUAUUGUGGCAGUGAGGUUUACAAGGGAUUUGUCUCUAUUGGCUCGUUUAGGUGUCAUGGUCUCCACAUACAUUCAGGUCCGUUGUGAGGUGUAGUCUGUUGUGCAUGUGUACCAUCUGAUCUGAAUGCAGACUGGAUAAGAUAACCCAAUAAGGAUGAAGCAGAGACUAAUAAAAGCAUACACUGAGUCUUAUAAGAAGUGUUCCCGGUUCCUUAUCUAUGCAAGCUAAAUGUGAUUUUGUGUUAUAUGUAUGCUGUAGAAGAACAUUGAGAUUAACCAGUCAGAUUUAAAGAACCAAUUUAUAGUUUUUGUGAAGUUUAGGCUUACAAUCAGUGUUUGGUGCUUGUACAUCAGUAUCAUUCAUCUGUUAUUUUCUUUGAUUUUAGGAAUUACUCAUGGGUAAGUUAUUAAGUUAAGUUGUUUAGUUUAGAUGUAGGGAUUUGGUCAAGACUAAAAUGUUGUUCCAGGGUCAAAAAAAUAUGUUGACCUAUAGGAACACAUCACACUCAGCAAAAUCAGGACUUGUGUUUGUUAGUUUAAACAGAUAGGUUUUUAAUCUAAAUUUAAACUGACAAAGUGUGUCUGCCUCCAAAACAUAUUCUUGAUAUUAUCAAAUGACCAGUAUCAGAACAGAGACCAUAAUAUACUGUACAUGAGGAGCUGUAAAGUGAAAGCUUCCUCAAGUACUGGGGAGCUAAACAAUUUAGAGCGUUUUAGGUAAUCAGAAGGAUUUUAAAGAUGUUUAAAAAAAAUUAAAUGUAAUAUUCAAUAUAGGGAGCCAAUUUAGUUUUGACAACUGAGCUGCAAUCUAAAUAUGAGCUUAUAACUUCUUUUCUGGACACUCUACAUUUCUGAGAUCAGGUAACAUGCUGGUUCAACAGGUGUCCCAUCUGUGCUCAGAUCACUCACAGAGACACAGCAUGACUGUAUUACAGUGGAACUCUUGAGAAUCUAAUACUGAGGAAAGAAUUGCAAACGUGCUCGGACCCUCAGCACAUGGAUAAGAGUGUUUGACAUUUCGCUGCUCCAUGUGUGUCAGCAUCUCCUGGCAACAGAGGUCACAUGAGUGCAGCAUCAGGGGAAUUUAUAUAAUUGUUGUUGCAAAGCAGAUCCAAGGCCAUGGACCACUUAAGCCAUUUUUGGAAGUCAAACACUAUCUGACAUCAGUGUCAAAUCAUGAGAAGUGUCUGCCUGCUACUGAUGGUGAUCUCUCAAGUUCAGCGGUCGUUACUCUGCCCUUCUUCUUGUGUGGUGUGUUCUGAAGAUGUCAUCAUCUGUCAUAAACUGUUAAACAUUAUUGAUGCACCAGGCUCUACUAAAGCUUUGAUGCUCACCGAUGGGUUCAUUGAUUCUGUGGACAACAUGGUUCUCUCUGAAUUAUCCAACAUGAAUGUUCUGGCACUCAGCAACAACGCCAUUUCUAGCAUCAUGGAGAAUGCCUUUCAAAACCUCUCUUUUCUAACAACGCUGUUGCUGGACCAUAACCGCAUCUCCAGCCAAUCCCUGGACAGCUCCACAUUUUCCUGGCUUCACAGAUUGGAGACUCUCCAGCUUAGUAACAACAAUUUGAAUGACAUUGAUGGCUCCUGGUUCCAAAGCUCUCAAACUUUAAAGACACUUCAGCUAGAGGGAAACGUCAUCAACUACUUGAACUCCACAACCUUUGCCCAUGCUGAUCUAAGGAACCUGGAAACGCUGGACUUGUCUAACAACCUCAUUGUGUACUUAGGACGUGAUAGCUUCAGAAGGCUUCCUCGUCUCCACACGCUCGAUCUGUCCCGUAAUCAUCUACACAGUGCUCCGGAUGCCUUCUCGUAUCUGUCAUGGCUUUCAUUGCUGAACCUUGAUUUGAACCUCUGGAAUUGUACAUGCGAGAUGAGAGAGCUGGCCUCAUUUCUCAACAGUUACAUUCAGGCUCCUGAAAAAGUAUUGUCCAAUGGGCAGAGGAUGAUUUGUGUGAAUACAGAUAAUGCAGCUGUGCAAACUGUGCUGGAAUUGACUGACACUAACUGUGUCCCACCAAACAGGAAUAUAACAGUGGCUAAAAGAUAUAAACCUUCUGAGCAAUAUAUUAGAAAUGUUGCUAUUGCCAUUGUAUUUUCAUUUUUGGGUGGUAUUGGGAUCACCCUGGGAAUAAUUGCCAUUGCAUACCAAAAACUCAGUAAGAAAUUUGAACUGGUGCAGGAGAAAAACAGAGAUGGGGAGUCUGGCCUGGAAUCAACUCAGUUGAAUUUCUGUGAAGCCAAGGACACUCUAACUAAGUGCCAUGCACUGUACAACAGCAACUACAAAUCUCAUCAGCCCUGGGACAGAGAAGACUCUUCUUAUCUGGGAUCGCACAUGCUGGAUAGUCAUUUCACCUGUCACAAGUGCAGCUCUACAGCACAAGCAGUAGGAAAGCACAAAAGAGAAAUAGUCCUGCAGAAAGCAACUCAUGUAGGUGAACAGCUGGCUAAUCGCCAACAUGAAUUGAAUGAUCAACAUUCUGUGUUACAACAGAGGAUCAAAGAGAUAAUUGGACAAAGACACAAUGAGAGCGGAACAGGCCUUCCAAACAGCUAUCUGAGCAGUCAGAGUACUUCUUCCCAACAUCGUGGGGGUUCAAACGACAUCUCAGCUGUCAGAAUACAGCAGCUGGCCCUCAGUAAUCAUUUCUCAGCCCUCCAGAGAGGCGCAUUCAGACCCCCAGACCAAAUCCACAAUGAAAUAACUGAAGGAAAUCACUCACUGUUAAAGCACAAGGCUGAAGACGUUGGUGAACAACCGAUUUGCCAAACCAUCAGCUGUCUGCACUGUCAUCAGACUUAUGAAUACAGACAAGCUGGAAGUAAUAACCAGAACAUGUUUACAACUCACUCACAGAACACAGUUCAAAACGGAGCAGAAUUGUACAAUGCCAUGCUAUACAAAGACAACUUAGGUUAUGACAAGUCAAACACUGGGAGACAUGGUGCAAGUCAAGAUACUAAGUUGGGUUUUAAGUUAGAUCCUCAAAGAAGUGUUACUUUUGAUCUAGCUGGGACAGAGGAACAUGUCCUCACCUUAAUGGCUGAUAGAUACAAAAAGGAAAGCCGGAUGAAGAACUUUAAAACAUCUGCACAGAAAACCACACGAAAGACUAAAAGCAACACACAAGGACACUUAAAUGCCCAGAAAACUAGAGGACAGGCAAAGAGGACACUGAAAGUUAAAUUAAAUUUAAACCCCCUUCGAAAAAGCAGAGUUCAUCCAAAGUCCAUUGACAAAGGAGAUAUUGAAAAAGACAAGAUGUACAAAAAGAGUAAGAAAGAAAAACUGAAAAGCAAAAAGGACAAAAAAGAUCAACUUAAAAUGAAUAGAACUAGUGAAAAAUCUAAAGAUAACAUUGAAUGUUCAGGAAGUGAGGAAGAGAAAAAUGAUACUAUGCAAGAUUUCUCUAAAAAGAAGCAUACUAAAAAAGGAAACAAGGAAUCAAAGUCCCUGUCUAAGGAUACAGAUGAUGUUACUACAGAAAAAGGUCAAAAUUAUAUUUCUGUUCAGGGAGAAACCGAAAUGGCAUCAACACUCCCACUAGCGGUCGGUUUAGCUCUUCCAAAUGAUCACAGCAGUCUUACAGAUCCAAAUAUUGCACUUCCUGUGGGUGAAUCCACAGCUCCACAGGAUGUAUUGGAUCAGUCCAGCAGUUCAGACCUGAUUAGCUCUGGUGCACCUGUCAUCCAAGAAUAUGUAUCUUCAGCUGAGGGUUCACCAAAGAGGAAGUUAAGACUCAUUUUACCUGAAAAAACCAACAGGCCACAAACAGCACUUGAUAAGAAAAUCAGAUAAUGUUAUUUC